AUGGCUUUACCAGCGAGACCUCAUCUGUCAAUACGUGUCCUGAGCUUCGUCAUUGCCUGCGCUCUCUUAGCUUUGAUAUCGUUCAAUGCUGGUAGCGAAGGACGCUUGCGUAAGACGUAUAGUUCUGUUUCCAAGCAAGCAAAGCAGUCUGCUGCCUCUGCUGCAUCAACCUUGGCUGGCCACGCACAACCAAAUGUCGAUGCGAAACCACACAAAGUCGGGACUUCCCCUACAAACAUUUCCGACGAACAACCAAGUGUCGAUGCCCAACCACAAAAAUUCACGACCCCCCCUACAAAUACAUCCGAAGAACAACCAGAUAUUGAUGCCCGACCACACAACGAUAUGACUCCCUCAACAAACAUUUCCGCCCCAGAUGUCUAUGCCCUACCGCACAACAUCACGUCUCCCUCAAUAAGCAUUUCCUCACCAGCGCCGUUCCCUCCGCUUCCGCCUCCGGAUGAUGAAGAGUACAUGGCAAUCUGUAUGGCAGUGAAGGACCAAUCCCUGGAUCUCCCCGAAUUCUUCUCCCACCACUACUUUCACCUCGGUAUCCGCCGCUUCUACGUCUUCGAUGACGGUACCGAGCCCCCUCUCUCUACUGCAUCCUAUCCUAUCCCAUCCUCCUCUAUCACAUGGGUCUACUUCCAACCUCAUAUUCACUCAAACCGACUAGGCGAGCGAAAAGGCAUUCAGGAAAAAUACUACACCGGAUGUGUAAAAAUGUUUGGUGAUAGACACAAAUGGAUGGGUUUCCUUGAUGCCGACGAAUUCCUAGAAAUGACCGGCGGCGAAACCCUUUCGGAAUUUCUGCAUGAUUGGGCCCGCAAUGAUACCGUCGGUGCUAUUGGGGUUAACUGGCUUGUCCAUAGCUCCGCCGGCUUACUCACCCGCCCUGCAGACGGACCCCGUAAAGCGUUUAAUCGUUGUAUCGUGGACAAUAUUCACAACGACAACCUCAAGGUCAAAACCUUCGUGCGUCCAGCCCUAUUUGGCUACAUGUGGAACUGUCACUGUAUGGCCAAAUUGAAAAACGAAGCUAUACAAGUAGGCGAGAACGGCGAUCUAAUCACUAGGAACUGCGAUCGAAGCCCGAUUACGAGAGAUAGAUGGGCGUUGCAUCACUUCGGGACCAAGUCUCGAGAGGAAUUCUUGCAGAAGCAGGAGAGAGGGAAGAUAAGGGGUGGGAAGUCGACGGCACAUUGGUGGAAGAAAAUUGAGAAUGCGGAACAGAGGAACUGUUCGGAGUUGACCAAGUAUGUCCCAUAG